AUCAAGGGCAGGACCCAAGGAUCCUCCUCUUGGAGAGAUAAGGGAUCUCAGUGAUGGUGCUCCAGGACCUGUUCGUUUCUCUGUAGGCUGUCAGAGGUGGACGAAAAGAUGGCCUGGCAACAAUCUCUGCAGAGAACAGAUAUGUCAAAGGACCGCACCAUUUACCUCAACCAACCCCUGAGGAACACUUUCUGCAAUAACUCCAUCAGCACAGCCAAGUACAGCAUGUGGUCGUUUCUCCCUCGAUAUCUGUAUCUGCAGUUUAGCAAAGCUGUCAACGCCUUCUUCCUGUUCAUCACUAUAUUGCAGCAAAUUCCAGAUGUGUCUCCAAUGGGAAAAUAUACAACUCUGGUGCCUUUGCUGGUUAUUCUUGUAAUUUCAGGCAUCAAAGAGAUUGUAGAAGACUAUAAACGACACAUGGCAGACAAAUUAGUUAACUCAAAGAACACAAUAGUGUUAAGACAGAAUGCGUGGCAAGUGGCUCUGUGGAAAGAUGUAAAUGUGGGUGACAUUGUGAAGACCACAAACGGGCAGUUCCUUCCUGCAGACAUGGUCCUGAUGUCUUCCAGUGAACCUCAGGCAACGUGUUAUGUUGCAACGUCUAAUCUGGAUGGAGAGACAAACCUAAAAAUACGGCAGGCUUUGUUAGAAACAGCUAAAAUGCAAACAGAAAACCAAUUGUCAAGCCUAUCUGGAAAAAUAGAAUGUGAAGGACCUAAUUGUCAUUUCAGUAGCUUCUCUGGAACCUUGUACCUAAGUCAUAAAAGCCCUGUUCCAGUUGGGCCUGACCAAAUCUUGCUAAGAGGUACACAGCUUAAAAAUACUGAGUGGAUCCUUGGCAUUGUGGUUUACACUGGAUUUGAAACCAAACUCAUGCAGAAUGCGGUCAGGUCGCCCCUCAAGAGAUCCAGGGUUGAGAAGGUGACCAAUGUGCAGAUCCUGAUGUUGUUCCUGCUGCUCUUGGCCAUGUCCUUGGUGAGCUGUGUGGGAGCCGUGUUCUGGAACAACAGGUACAGAGGACACAUCUGGUACCUCGGGAAGAAGGAUUACGACUCCCACAGCUUUGGGUUUGACAUUUUGGUGUUCAUUGUCUUGUACCACAAUCUCAUCCCCAUCAGCCUGCUGGUCACUCUGGAAUUUGUGAAAUACGUUCAGGCCCUGUUUAUAAACUGGGAUGAAGAUAUGCAUUUUAAGGGAAAUAAUGGCAAGAACAUCUACGCCAUGGCCCGAACAUCCAAUCUUAAUGAAGAGCUUGGGCAGGUGAAAUACUUAUUCUCUGAUAAAACAGGAACCCUCACUUGCAAUAUGAUGACAUUUAAGAAGUGUACCAUUGCUGGUAUAAUUUAUGGGUAAGUCCCUCCGUUGUCCAGACCCCCUUCUCUCUCCUUCUUCAGUCAGUCACCGUGUUCUAUCCCAGAGUCCUGUGAAUUCAGUGAUCCAACAUUAUUGCAGAACUUUGACAAUGACCACCCCACGAAAGACUGUAUAAAGAAAUUUCUUACUCUGCUGUGUGUGUGCCACACUGUUGUUCCAGAGACAGACGGAAAUAAUAUAAGCUACCAGGCCUCCUCCCCAGACGAAGCAGCUCUAGUGAAAGGAGCAAAGAAACUUGGCUUUGUUUUCACUACAAGAACGCCGAGUUCUGUCACCAUAGAAGCUAUGGGAGAAGAAUUCACAUUUGAAGUUCUUAAUGUCCUGGAAUUUUCUAGUAACAGAAAGAGGAUGUCUGUAAUUGUCCGAACUCCUACAGGACAGAUCCAGCUCUACUGCAAAGGGGCUGAUUCAGUGAUUUAUGAGAGACUUUCAGAAGAUUCUCUCUUUGUGGAGGAGACAUUAGUCCAUCUGGAAACUUUUGCCAAAGAAGGUCUGAGAACUCUCUGUGUUGCCUACAUAGAUUUAGCUGAGACAGAGUAUCAGCAGUGGUUGCUGAGAUAUAAAGAAGCCAGUACAGUGGUACAGGACAGAGCUCGAAGCUUGGAAGACUGUUAUGAUACUAUUGAAAAGAAGUUCCUGCUACUUGGAGCCACGGCCAUAGAAGAUCGCCUUCAAGCACGUGUUCCAGAAACAAUAACAAAUUUACUGAAAGCGGACAUAAGAAUAUGGGUCCUAACAGGAGAUAAACAAGAAACUGCAAUUAACGUAGCAUAUUCCUGUAAACUGUUAACAGCUCAAAUGCCUCGUAUUCAGUUGAAUGCAAAUUCAUUAAAGGCAACACAACAAAUGAUUAAUCAGAACUGCCAAGAUCUUGGAGGCUUGUUAGGUAAAGAAAAUGACCUGGCCCUAAUCAUUGAUGGUGAAACACUGAAGCAUGCCCUCCACUUCGAAGUUAAGAAGAACUUCCUUAAUUUGGUCCUCUCAUGCAGAGCAGUAUUAUGUUGUAGGUUAUCUCCCCUCCAAAAGGCGGAGAUAGUGGAUAUGGUUAAGAAGCAUGUGAAGGCCAUCACUCUGGCCGUUGGGGACGGUGCCAACGAUGUGGGGAUGAUUCAGACAGCCCAUGUGGGUGUGGGCAUCAGUGGAAAUGAGGGCAUGCAGGCCACCAACAGCUCAGAUUAUGCCAUCGCUCAGUUUAGCUACUUGGAGAAGCUUCUGUUGGUUCAUGGAGCUUGGAGUUAUUUUCGAGUGACCAAAUGCAUAUUGUAUUCUUUCUACAAGAAUGUCGUGUUAUACGUCAUUGAGCUCUGGUUUGCGUUUGUUAAUGGAUUUUCUGGGCAGAUUUUAUUUGAGCGCUGGUGCAUCGGCUUGUACAACGUGAUUUUCACGUCCCUGCCACCUAUUGCUCUGGGAAUCUUUGAACGGUGCUGCAGUCAGGAGAGCCUGCUUAGGUAUCCACAGCUCUACACAAUUUCUCAGACAGGUGGUAUUUUCAACAUAAAGGUGCUUUGGAUUCAAUGUAUAAAUGCUUUGGUCCAUUCCUUCAUUCUCUUCUGGUUGCCCACAAAAAUGCUGGAGCAUGAUAUGGUCUUACAAGGUGGUUACACUACAGACUAUUUGUUUCUCGGAAAUUGUAUUUAUACGUACGUAGUGGUAACUGUCUGUCUGAAAGCUGGUUUGGAGACACUGUCUUGGAAUAAAUUUAGUCAUCUGGCCAUUUGGGGAAGCAUAGUCAUAUGGCUGGUGUUUUUUGUGGGUUACUCCUUCCUCUGGCCCACUGUUCCUAUUGCUCCUGAAAUGACAGGACAGGUCAAUAUGGUCCUGGUUUGUCCAUACUUUUGGCUGGGUUUUUUCAUUGUCCCGAUUGUGUGCCUGAUUCAGAAUGUAGCAUGGAAAUCGAUUAUACAUACCUGCAAUAGAACUUUGCUAGAAGAGGUUCGGGAGAUGGAAAGUAGCAGGGUUCAAGGACUUGAUGUUCCCAGAGACUCUGAAAAGAGUCCCAGGGUGGAGGCAAUGAAUUUCCGAAGGUGCCUGAGUCCCCAGCCCUGCAAGGUUGUCUUCCGGAACAACUCUGUUGAUCUAGGCGCCCCACGUGGGUACGCAUUCUCUCAAAUAGAACGAGCUGUGAUUUCUCAGGAAGAACUAGUCCGUUCUUAUGACACGACAAAAAAACCCCGGAGGUCUUUUACUCCUGCCUUUUCCAAGUCCAUCAUUGAGUAAGAUCUGGGUCCCUGUGUCCUGCACUUUCCAGUCCUUCCCUGAGACAGCUGCAAUGUGCCAAC